UUUCCAUAUAUCUUUCUGUAUCUAUUUUCUUUCACCAUUAUCAUACUUUUAUAGUACAACCACUUCAUUUAUCAGGUAUCCUUGCUGUUGAAGCUCUUGAAAUAUGGCAUUGGAGGUUGUUUUUCAAAAAUAGUUGUCAGCAUAUAAAUUGUGACGCUGAAAUUCGACCAUAAAAUAGGUUGAAUAAUUAGCUGGUGCUAGAUCAUUUCAAGCAUGGGAAUUCUGUGCACACUCACAAGGUGUCUUGUGCAUGCAGUUACUAAAACGAAACAUAACUUGCAUGCGUAGAAGUUGAAAGUUCUUGGAAAUUUCUCCCUGUUGACAAUCGGUAAGAAUUUAAGUUAUAUACACUGACGGUGGAAAGAAUGUUCACACAAUUACUGUAAUUUUACUUGUUAUAGUAGCAUAUUAAUCAUAUUAAAUACAGAUCGAUCAGGUCCAUACUAAAUAUUAUUGCCCGAUGAAUACACGAUACUUUCUUACACCAGUGUCGCUUUGUCAUUCGAGCAUUAUUGUAUCUUUCCCACCAAUGAUUUCACCAGCAGCAGGAGAUGGAAGAAUGUCUAGCGGGGGAGGAACUAGAAACAGGUCUAUUCGGAAUAUUUCCCAUUCUUCAUUCUUAAUAAGAAUGUCCAUGAGAAUAUCAAGAUCAAGGUGGUUUAGUUUCCUAAGAAGGGUUUUCCACUACCAGAAUGGCUCAAGAUCUGAUCUUGGAUCAAAUCCCUUCAAUUCAAUGACUUGGAUGAUGAUGGAGUGCAUUGCAUUAAGUGUCCAAAUAAUUAUAGCCUCAUAUACACUGACUGUUUCAAAGGAAGAGAAGCCAGUUUGGCCAAUGAGGAUAUGGGUGUUGGGAUAUGCCUUUGGCUGUAUUAUUAGUGUCAUGUUGCUUUACUGGCGCUACUGGGCGUUCUAUGUGAGGCCACAAAGAGAUGAUUCUGACAUGGAGCAACAAAGAAGCCAUGAUGAAUCCAGGGCAUUGCAUGUGAUGGAGAAAUUCAGGACUGGUGUUGAGCUAUUCUUUGCCAUAUGGUUUGUGAUGGGAAAUGUUUGGGUGUUCGAAUCGCGCUUUUUAUCUUACCAUCGUGCUCCUAAACUUCACUUGCUCUGCAUCUCACUGCUAGCUUGGAAUGCUGUCACCUACUCUUUCCCCUUCCUAUUGUUUCUAUUGUUGUGCUGCUGUGUCCCAAUUCUGAGUAGCUUUUUAGGCUACAACAUGAACAUGGGAUCCGUAGAUAGAGGGGCUUCUGAUGAACAACUCUCCAGUCUACCCAGUUGGAAGUACAAGGAAUGUGGAAACAAGGAACAACCCACAAGUGAAAAUGUGGAAUGUUGUAUAUGCUUAGCAAAGUACGGAGAUAAGGAAGAGAUCAGACAAUUACCUUGUUCUCAUAUAUUUCAUCUUAAGUGUGUGGACCAAUGGCUUAGAAUUAUAUCUUGCUGCCCUCUCUGCAAACAAGAACUGGAGAGGUAAAAAUGCAUGAAAAGCUCCUCAAACUUGAUACUUCAUGUAUUUUUUGCAUACUUUCUCCCGUCUUCUCUCUUUUUCCCCCCUUUUGUUUCUUUAGUCCAAUUUUGGAUUGUAAUCAACAAGGUAUGGAAGAAUCAAAUUAGUGUAUUAUUCCAUGUAGUGAUACAUAUAUAUAUGUACAUCAGGUGCUAACUAAGGAAAGAAAAUAAAAGAGAUUUCUACAAAUCUGCUAUCUAUAUAUGGGUUAUGUACACUAAGAAACAGUCUAUGUUCAUUGUGUAAAGUAUCUAGGUUCCUUCUGUAACACUCCCCCUCAAGCUGGAGCAUAUAUAUUGAUUAUGCCCAGCUUGUUACAAUGGUAAUCAACUCGAGUGCCAUUCAAUGCUUUAGAGAACAAAUCAGCUAGCUGCUCUCCUAUCUUCACGUAGCCAGUGGAAAUCAAGUUCUCCUGAAUCUUCUCACGAAUAAAAUGACAGCCAACUUCAAUAUAUUUGGUUCUUUCAUGAUACACUGGAUUUGAGGCAAUAUGGAGUGCAACUUGAUUAUCAUACGAGAGUUUUGAUGGAGUAGGAUCUUCAACCCAAUUUCAGUUAAAAGGUGAUGUAUCCACAUUAUCUCACAUGUUGAUUGUGCCAUAGCUCUAUACUCGGAUUCUACACUAGACCUAGAUACAACAUUUUGUUUCUUCUCCAUGAUACCAAGUUUCCACACAAAUACACAGUAAUCAGUAGUAGAUAUUC